AAACUAGCAUUUAUCAGACAAACCAACAAGCGCGUGGAUAGGAUAUUAGCCGCCCGCGCAGAGGACAGUCCCACGGGCAGCGACUGGGAAGUGGUCAGACAGACAAACACAGUCUCAGUGCACAGACACGACGUCGAGGUGGCCGAUGAUCAGAUCGACGACUUUGUUAAGGUGCUGUGA